AUGGAGUUUGUAGGAAAGGGAAGAAGAAUUCCAAGUAGUGCAACAUUGUUUUCAGCUUAUGCUUCUUUGAGUGCUUCCAUCACUUUGGUUCAACAAGCUAUUUACCAGUUUGUUCCAACAAGUGUUCGACACUACAUUUAUGACCUUUUCAAACAAUGGUUCACUCACAAACCCUCUUCUUUUAUACCUCCAAACAAAUAUAAGCUCAUAAUUGAAGAAGGAAGUGGAUUAUGUACUAAUCAAAUCUUUGAUGCUUGUCAAAUUUACCUGUGCAACAAGCUUAGUGAUUCUUCCAAUGUACUUAAGGUAACUAGAGCACCCAAUGAGGAGAACAUGAGCUUUAAGCUUGCUGAAGGGGUCAAUUUCUCUGAUAAUUUUGAAGGGAUAAAUCUUGAAUGGACUUUCCAUUAUGUUCACUCUAUUUCCACAGCUCCUCCCUCGAAGGUUUAUCAUCGUCAACAACAACAAGAAGCUACGGAGAAAUCCUACCUCUCAUUGGUAUUUGACAAAGAGCAUAAAAAGAAGGUUUGCAUUUCUUACUUGCCUUAUGUUGUGGAGACCUCAAAGGAUAUUAUACGUGAAGCGAAAUACUUGAAAUUAUAUGAUUGUACAUCAAGAAGUUACAAUGAUAACAUGUACGCAAGUAGUUCCACGCGUUCAGUUAAUUUGACUCAUCCUUUUACGUUUGAGAAUUUGGCUAUGGAUCCUGAGGCAAAGAAGGGGAUAAAGGAUGAUUUGGACCGUUUUUUGAGGAGGAAGGAGUUUUAUAGGAGCGUAGGUAAGCCUUGGAAACGAGGUUACUUACUAUAUGGUCCUCCAGGUACUGGGAAGUCGAGUUUGAUUGCUGCUAUUGCUAAUUAUCUCAAAUUUGACAUAUAUGAUUUGCAAUUGCGGAAUAUGUGUGAAUUUUCCUUGAGAUCCUUGUUGCUUUGGGUUCCAAGUCGGACUAUCAUAGUUGUUGAGGAUAUUGAUUGCACCAGUGGGCUUCCAGGACAAUAUUCCCGGAGUCACCACACGAAUCAGUCUCAGGUUCGUGUAUUUUUUUUUGUUUUUGCUUCUUCAUUGAACAGGUUGUAGGAUUCAAGGAUUGUAUUACUAACAAUUAUUAUUUUUUCUCAUUUUUCUUAGCAAAUUUAGCUCAUACUGCUUAGUUUUACUAGAGUGGAUGUAUUUUAUCACAUGAUCAAACUGUCAUUUCAUACUGUAGGUGUCACCAGCUGCAUUUCUUAACUUUGUUGAUGGACUAUGGUCUUCUUGUGGAGAUGAAAGGUUGUUCAUUUUUACAACCAAUCACAAGGAGAUGCUCGAACCAGCAUUGUUGCGCCCUGGUCGUAUGGAUAUGCACAUCCACAUGUCCUACCUUACUAUGGAGGGGUUCAAAAUCUUAGCCUAUAAGUAUUUCCAAGUUUCUACCAACCAUCACCUCUUUGGUGAGAUCAAAACUCUUUUGGAAACUGUAAAUGUAACUCCUGCAGAUGUAGCCGAGGAGCUUAUGAGAAGCGAAGAUACUGAUAUGGCCCUUCAAGGAGUUGUCGAGCUACUGCUUAAGAGGAAGAAACAUGUAGCUGACAUUGCUGCACGUUUGAAACUUCAUGCUGAAAAGAAUCGGAACCUAGCUGAAAAUUAUCGAAAGCACAGAGAAAAUGCAACAAUUACAGAUUCUGACGAGGAGCUUUUCGACUAUUCUGAGGAUUGAAUAUGCUGAAUUGCUGAUACAACCCUCCAAGGUGGUUAUCAAGUUGCUUGUAGACCUCAGAAACAACACUUAACAUGAAGGUGCUAAGAAAUGAGAAAAAAGUGGCUUAAUUAUGUAGGGGGAAUGUAGUAGAUCAUAAAAGCUAAUUGGUAAAUAAUGGUACCAUGGUAGAAUGUGGAUUUUUUCAUGGUUUUUCAUGAUAUAUAUUUAUCAUCGGUAUGAGACUUGAGAU